AUGUAUUACGUUCGAAGUCCAUGCGAGGGAAGCGACAAAGCGAUUGCAAUGGCGCUGAGUUUAACGUGGCUUAUUGCACCUCAUGUUCAUGGAUUGUAUUUCAAGGAUCUGAAACAAACCCUGAAAAAAGAGCAAUGUGAUGUGCGUUUGAUCACAGCUUCUGCUGAUCAUUUUGAAAACUUCCUCAAAUUCACUGAUUCGCUAUAA